GGAGGCCUGCGGAAAGCCCCAACGCUCUCGCAAGGCCGAUCUCCUCGUGCCGCUGUCUAUCGAAGUGCCGGCCCUGAUCUGCAUCCUUCUCCGGCUGUACUCGCGGUGGUGGUCGACUAAGCACUUCGAGGCCGACGACUACAUCAUGAUGGUUGUAGCGGUGUUCUAUACCGUAUUUGAGGGGCUAGGGUUCUCAUCGGCCCAACUGGCUUUUGGAGUCGAUGUCUGGACGGUGGACUCGGCCACUUUAACGCUCUCGCUAAAGUUCUUCUACGUCGGUGAGACCUUCUACCUGACCAUCCUGACGCUGACCAAGGCGUCGAUUCUUUGCUUUUACCUACGAAUUUUCCCCGACCGCAACUUCCGACUGGUUGCGUACGCCGUCAUGGCGUGGGUCGUUCUAUCGGGUAUGGUCUUCGUCUCGCUCCAGAUCUUCCAGUGCAUGCCCAUCAACUUCAUAUGGGAGGGCUGGAAGAAGGGAGAGUUUGGUCCGUACCGGUGUCUGGACAUCAACACACUCGGCUUCACCAUGGCAGCAUUCAACAUUGCCCAGGAUAUUGCGAUUCUGAUCUUGCCACUUCCCCGGCUGGCCAAGCUCGACGUCUCGAGGCGAUCUAGGCUUUGUAUCAUGGCCAUGUUUUCGCUAGGGGUCUUCGUCUUAGUAACCAGCUGUGUCCGGCUCUGGGCCAUAUAUUCCUUUGGAGACUCGGUGAACCCGACGUGGGACUACACCAACGCCCUAAUCUGGACGGGGCUAGAGGUGGCUGUGAGCAUCAUCGUAACGAGCCUACCGGCAAUCCGCGUCUUGAUCAGCAGGCGGGGCAAUCUCCAUUGGUCUCUGGGAGGGCGCGGACGGAGAGGGCAUGAGCACGACGUCUUUGGAAACACUACAACGAGUUCUUUCGGCGAUACCACGAUAGUGGGAUCAUGGCACGGCGCUCCGCCGGCAUUAAAGCGGCUCUCGGCCAUCAGCCGCAUCUCGUCCAUCGUGGUGAAGACGCCGACAGAUGAGGAAAUGCUGCACUGACGUUUGACAAGCCGCCGAGCCAAAGGGGAAUAGACCCCAAAACGACUGACAGUCCGGGGGGCGACGUGCUGGCCGAUGCUCGCAGCAAUAACGAGCAUGCAUUCCUCGGAUCUUUCGAAGGGGGGUACGGAGGGGCCGAGGACGGGAUAUCGGAGAGAGAUACCGGGCAGUUGCCGAAUAUCAACGGCGUGCUGUUGGGCCAAAGGCCGGCCUCGAGUCCGCCGCCGCUCUCGCAUCAGCCAAGUAUGACGCGCGUCGAAAC